UGAAGUCUCGCUCAAUGUAGGGGCGGUCGAUGUCAUGCAUUGGUGAACACGGACCGAUUUUCGUACAGUUUUUCUCGCUGGAUACGUUUUCGGAUUUUACUUAUCGUGUGGAUUUUUAAUAACCUUUCGAGUCAUGUCGGAUUUAAAAGAAGGUAACAAAGACUGGCCAAGUAUCUCAAGAGAGGAGCGUACACAACAUGAAAUAUUUUUCUACAGUCAAGGGCCUUUAGAAGGAUACUUAGAUGAAAGAAAAGCCCGCGACCUGUUUCUGAAAUCUCAGUUACCUCUACCAACUCUUAGCCAGAUUUGGAACUUAGCUGAUGUUAGCAAUGACAAUCUGCUGGACGUACACGAGUUUGUCCUGGCCAUGCACUUGGUUCAUGGUGUUCUUCAGGGCAAGAAGCUACCAAAGACACUACCUCGAUCCUUGUAUAUACCUACAACUAAACCUGAAAAAUUUGACAUGACAGCCAAGGAGAAAGAGGCCUAUUCCAAUUUAUUUGAUGCCUUGGAUGGUUCAAAGAAAGGAUUCAUUGAAGGAUUUGUAGCCAGAGAUGUGUUCAACCACACUGGGCUGCCAGCAGAACAACUGGCGCUGGUCUGGGAUUUGGCAGAUGUGAACAGAGAUGGUCGCCUUGAUCCGGAUGAAUUUAACAUUGCCUGCCAUCUUAUUAGAAUGAUCAAGAAAGGCGAGUAUAACUUUGGGCCGGUGAAUGUGUUUUCAUACCUGGCACACAGGCUUUCACCAUUAUGCCUUCAAGUUAGAAAAUCCAGAGUUGCUGAAUAUGAAGAACGCAAGCAACAGCUUAUGGCCUUGAAGGAAAGACGAAAAGCUGAAGUUACCCGAGAGAAAAAACGUUUAGAGUUAAAUCAACAAAAAAUCAAACUCUUAAAGGAUCUGUACAAGAAAGCUGUAAAACCUUCUCUGUCUUGUGAGGAAUUUCAAACAAGGCUUGCUGAAGAAAAAGUAGAAGUUGAAAAACAAGAAGAAAUAGCAUUCAGACUACAGAAGGAACAUGAGAAGGUGCGGCAGGAAACUGUGAAGAUUAUCCUGGAAGAACAGAAACUCAGUGAUGACAUUAGGAUUAUUAAAAGAGAAACAGAUCAGUUAAACAAGAGAUUAAGAGCUGUUCAUACAAAAGCAACAAAAGAGCCAGACCCUUUUCAUCAACUUUAUGAGCAAAAAAAAGAAAAUGCAAGUUUAUUGGAUGACAUAGCAUCAUCAGACAUUUUCAUUCCUUUCAUCUUCAACCCAUUUGACAAGUCAGCACUUUUAAUUCGAGAGACUUCAGGCUGUGUUUUGUUUCCCAGCUGUGAUUUGUUUGACAAAAAUCACAGAAAAACUGUUGAUGUUCCACAAGGAAUAGUGGUUGCUGUGAAGGACUUCAGUGACUCGUUUAUUGAAUCUUUUACUAAAAUCAGCUCACGGUCAAGUGCAAUGUCGCAGGAAGACUCUGUGUUCAAGACGGCCCCAGUGAGGUCAGUGGAAGAAGAACCUCUGUUGUGCAUCAGUUGGUCUGGUCAUAGUGAUGACAACAGUUUUUCUGACCUAGAGCGGAAACUGAUAGAUCUGAAAAAUGAAAUCACCAAACUCAACAUGGAAGGUGAUCGACUUGUAUUUAAAAACCCUGAAGACUAUUCAGCAAGAAAGCGAAGCAAGGAAGAAGAACAAAAGACUGAAAAGUUUCGUCACCACCGUCGGAAAGGCGAGCCCAAUGAAGGUCCUAAAAGACGAAGUUAUCAUAUUAAGCAGGAUGAUGAGGCGACGCGAGCUGCCAGAGAGUACCGACUAAACAGAAGAUCACUCCACUUAGAACACAAGUCAGGUGCAAAGACUUCACCCUCGCCAGAAAAACCUAGUGCUCCAGAAAGACCCAGUCGAGUUCGAAAAACAUCAUCGGAAAAAUCUCCUCAACUCAUUUCGAAAACGUCAUUGGAAAAAUCUCCUGAACCCAUUUCAAAAACAUCAUCAGAAAAAUCUGAACCCAUUUCGAAAACAUCAUCGGAAAAAUCUCCUGAACCCAUUUCGAAAACAUCACUCAUCUUAGAAAAGACAGCUGUGCAGCAAAGUUCUUCAGAAGAACAAUCACCAAGCAGAUCGUUUUCUUCAAAAACAACUCAGGACAGCACCACUCCAGAUCAUGAGAAGAAAUCAGAACUUGUAGUUUCAUCACCAGAAAGUUCUUCACCACGUCAUCCAUCUAUCAAGAAAAUUCGAGCUCCGCCUCCACCAUUAACACCAAAACCGAAGCCAGCUAAUGAAUCACCGUUACAUGAAAAGACAUCUGUUUCGUUACAGGUUUCUCAGGAGAAUCCUGUCAUAAGUGAUGAUAACUUUGGAACUGAAUUGAAGAACGUGAAAAGGAAUAAAAUCAUUUUGGCAAAUUGUGAAAGUAAUGAUGAUCAUAAUGUCACUGAAAUUGGUUUGAAAAUUGAAACUAAUCAGGGAAAUAAGAAUUUACCAAAGCCACCUCCAAGGUUGAAAAAGCGUAAAGAAUCGUCUGGAAGUACCUCAGGGUCUGAGAAAAAUUCUCCAAGAGACAGUGUUACAAGCCCUAUCGGUCCAGGAUCUCCAUUCCAAUUCAAAACUAAAUCCACAGAAUCAAAUCAAGUGUUUUCACCCACAAGAGUGAGUUCUAAAGCAAAAGAAAAUUUAGAAACGGAGAAUUCUAAGAAUAUCACAAGGUCUUUGGAACCCCUUGAUUCCAAAGAUGAGAAUGAUUCCAAAGAUGUUUCAGUAAUUCUUUCUACCUCACUUGAGUCUGAAGUCUUUGCAGCACUCAGGUCAUCAUCAAUCUUUAAUAGCUCAGAUCAUUUUAAUACACAGACCACUGUGGAUUCCCAUAACAUUUUACCAAAAACUUCAGAAAAAACUGUUGAUAAAAAAAGUGAGACAGAUUUAAAAGCAUCUGAAAAUUCUAAAGCAUCCAUCUCUAAUAACAUUGAAGAAUCAAAAGUAAGUAAACCAUCUCAGAGUAAAUCACUUCAAAAGAAUGAAUAUUUUUCUGACAAAACCAAACCAUAUCAACAAAAUGAAAAUGAUGCCUUGAAACCUAAUGUGUCUCCUAAAAAGGAACCAUCUGCAAUUCAGUCUAGAGAACAGCGAGAGGAUAUUAAGACAGAACAGAUUACAAGCCUUGUAAAAGAACAAAAACUUUUGAAACAGAAACAUGUCAUUGAGCAAGAUACCGAUGAUGAAGAUGAAGUUGUAACAGUAAUUGAAGAAACUUUUUUUGUAACAUUUCCAAUCAAUACAGACGUGGUUUCUAAGCAGAAGGAUUCUCCAAGAGAACAGUUCAACUCUAGAGAUAAGUCCAAUUUCAAAGAAUAUUCAUCAAGAUCCAUGGACCAAGAACCUGUUAAGGAUGUUAGAAGUCCAGUGAUAAUGCCUGAACUGAAAUUGAAUUUUCUUGAUGAAAACAUUGAAAUAAAAGUGGACAAUUCAUUGACAGAUGUUUCUCCGAAACCUUCAUCAGACGUGCAGAUUGUGAAAACAAAGAGUCCUAAGAAAACUGUAGCUCCUCCACCACCUUCUGUUAACCAGAAUGAGGAAAUCAAAUCUUCAGCAAAUGUGAAAUCUCCAAACAUUGAAAUAGCCGAAAUGGAUUUAUCAUUGGAAGCAGCCACUUCUCUUCCAUCUAUUACUACAAAAACAGACAGAAGAUCACCGUCAUCAAUGAAAUCUUCAGCUGUUGAAGUAACAGAGACGGAGGUACUAAUUUCUCUUCCAAAACAAGAUAGAAGGUCACCAUCACCCACUAAAACUUCAGCAAGGACAGAACUACUGACUGACCAGAACCUGCUACCAAGAUGGCCAUCAAUACCAGAUAAUAUUUCAAUAGCCAGCACCGAGUCUGGUUCCUCUGAACCACCACCUCUGCCUUCAUCUGCACCUCCACCAUUACCAAAAACAGCCAGCAAGGUCAUUGAAGAGGAAUUGAAGGUGGAAUACAGCAUCAACCAGCAGAAAACACCAAACAUGGCUACAGAAUUGACCACUGAGGUCCAGGAUGAUUAUUCAGCUAAUGUGGUAUCUCAGAAUAAAACUAUUGCAGAAAUGAGGGCCGAUUUCUUUGGGUUGGAGAAAUUGUCUCCUAACAUGAGGAAGAUCAGCGAGGAACUAGUGACUAGUCCACCUGAUAAGAGAGAUGUCUAUUUUAAUGAUUUUGAAUCGACAAUGACACAAGAAAUGGAUGACCUAACCUCCUCGCCAUCAGAUUCGGAGUCAGGUUUCAGUGCCACAUUUUCACCAGGUGACAGUGGCAUCAUUGUGUCAAGUUUGCCAACUUCCCCAGACAAUGAAGAGGAAACCAUUCAACUUGUCUCCUAUCACACCAAGGGAGAGGACUCUUUUCAGACUACCCCAAAAAGGACUCCCUCCACUGACAAAAAGGUUUCAUCUGGUCUGUUGAAAAGCAAUCUUGACUUAAGUUUAGACUUGCGUGAUGGUGUGACAAGUAAUGUUUCUACGCCUGAGCAUAAACAAGGGUCCGGCAAGACUGGCUCACAAGCAAGCGAUGAGAAUGUGAGCAACUACUCGAGAGGUUCCAGUGGAUCAUCUCCGAGAAGUCCUUCUUCAGAUGGGAUGAUCUCGCCCAGAGGGAAAAUCUAUAAUUCUGAAGAACUUCUCGGCAAAGCCAGACAGUUUGCCGACAUUGUACAGAAACCGAAUUUCGUUAUGAAGAGAGAAUCCUCAAACUCUGACGACUUCGAUCAAGAGAAACUGCAGUCUCUGGAGAUGGAGAGGAGAGCUGUGAUCUCAGAGGCUACAGUGAGGAAGAGAGAUGUCCCCAUUGCUACACCAAGCCACUGGCACGAGGCUCAUCAAACACUUGACGAUACUACUGAUGACAUUGCCACAUCAGAUCCAAGCUCUUUAGGCCACCAUUGGGAACUGACAGAGGAUCCUCUAAAACCACCUGAUGUUAGCUUCCAGCCACUGGACACGGUCGCUCUGUACAGUAAGAACGUAAUACAGGAGAAAGACACAACAGAUGAGGUAAACCGGGAAUCCAUAGCAAACCUUAGAACAACACGUAAACAGUGGGAGACCAUUCUGACACCAACUGUUUCAGAAAAGGAACAAACAACUACAAAACUUACAAAACCUUCUGGCACUGUUCGCCACUGGGAAGUAAAAAUCCCUAACAAAGCUCCACCUAAACCAGCACCUGUGGUAAGUGAACAAUCAAACGGAAUAUCCAAAAUGGCCGACACUGAUGUGUAUGCAAAUGAAAGUGCUAUUGAGCACGAGAUACGUAUGGCAAUAGAACGAGAAGAAAUGAUUAAAAAAGAACAACAGGAGAGAGAACAGAUUAUUAAGCAAAAAGGAAAGGUGGAUGUGGGAAUAUUUGAGACGAAUGCUGAAGAUGAGAGUUUUAAGACAAACUAUCAUGAAAUGACAGAGGCCGACAGGGGAUCGGAGAUGUGGAAACGAGAGACUCUGAUUCAGCAGGAGUUACGGGAACAGGAGGAGAGAGAGAAGGCUUUCCACAAAGAGGUGGUGCAAGAGAAUGACAAAGAGCAAAAUAUAACUGAAAAACAACCUCAGCCUUUGAAUGAAAGUAUCAUUGAAAGAGAAAUCAAGGCUCAGCGAGAGCGGGAGGAAGAAGUUGCCAAAAUAAGACAUAGUAAAAUAUCAAAUGCUCAGAGUGACAAACCCCAGUUGGUAGAAACUGUGGAAAACUCCACAUACGACGAAGUUGACAGUGAAGUUCAAAAUGACAUAAAUCACAAUGAACCUAAAGACGUUUCUUAUGAAAGGGCCAUACAAGGCUAUCAACACGAAGGAGAAAGUCUGAUUGCGAAAGAACUAAGAGAACUGCGUGAAAGAGAAGACGACCUACAAAGACAAAGACAGAUGUUCAAUAAAGGAGGUUCGGUAACUCCAAAGAAGGAAGCGGAUGUUCCAAAGCCUCAGUUAGUGGAAAAGAAACCCACUCCUGUUCCUAUUGUGAAAGAGGGAACUUGGCAAAAAGAUGUGUCUCCAUUUAUUCAACAAAAGACUCGACGGGAGUCGCUGAAUUCUUUAGACUCUAGUCAAGGCACGUUGAAAUCACAGUCAGAUAAUGGAAUGGGUCUUGAUGCGCAGUCAGGUUCCAAUAGUUUUUGUAUCGAGAUAACCGAAGAAACACCAAUAGAGCGAGAGAUUCGUUUGGCAAGAGAGCGUGAAAAUGAACUCAGGCGGGCAAAGGGCCUUCCCGAGCUUCCAUUACCAAAGUCUUCUCCCAAAGAGCCAGAAUUACCUAGCACAGCUUCUUCCCACGUCUUUUCAAGACACAAUGUCGCUGCACCAAACACCAUGCGGCGCUUUGCUUCUAACAGACUUCAGCAUGAAAUUAUUGCACAGAAACAGCGUGAACUUGAUUUGAGAAAGGAAGGUAAAAUCAUUACGACUUCUGAAGAGCACAUCGAACCAUUGAAAUACGUUUCCGUGACUGGACAAGAGAAGUCUAGUGGUAGUGGUAAGAGGAAUUUUGUGACCAGACGCAGUGUUCAAGGAGGAAGUUCUUCUGACCGGACUGAUGAUGAAACUGCAUCCGAUUCCAGCUCCAAUGCAAGCUUGACCACGGGCAUGCAAACACCAGAACAGGCAGCACCUCCCAGGAGGAAGGUGACUCCAGGAUCUACCACUACAACAUUCUCUUACAGAGAGUCACACCAAACAGCCGAGUCCAAAAUUGAGAGAGAGUUGAGGGAAAUGAGAGAAAGAGAAGAUGAACUGAGGAAACUACACUGCCGACCCAACGAAAGUGAAAGUGACAGUCCAAGGGAAACAACUCAAAAUGGAGAAGCGGAACCUGAGAGGACCACACCAAAGCGAGUAAACCUUGCAGCUCAGUGGGAACAAAUGUGCAACAAAUGAACAGAAUCCUAAAAUACACUAUUUUGGGGCAUCAGCAAGCUUGUCAUGGGUAAUCCGAAAUAAAGGACAGCACUAGUCAAAUUUAGCACAUUACUAGGGCGAGUUCUAGUUCAGUCUCCAAAACCUUAAAUUUCGGAAUAAGUCGAAUCAAUCUAUGGAACUGGUGCAGUCCACUUUGAUCUAUAUGGGUGAUUGUAAUUUAACAUUUGAGAUCAAUAGUGAACAUUAAUUACACCAAUCUUGCAGAGUCCUAGAUUUCAUGAAUAUUAAGAUUUUAGUGGAGUAUGAAUUUUUUAAUAAAACAUAAAAGACAAUUGGCCUACCAGUGUACAGAACUGGCUCAGUCCAUAGUCAUUAGGUGUAUAGGGGUGAUAUUAAUUAUUACAAAAUUUGAGGUCAGUCCUGUAUUGUCUUGUACAAUUCGAUCUGAUAAGAAAAUUUACAAUUUCAACAGCAUAAUCGUUUCUUGUUCACGAACUUGCAAAUAAUGUUGAUACUUACAUAUUAUAACAAUUAUAUAAUAUUAUGAUCAGUAUAUCUUAGAAAAUAUUCAAGACAGAAUUAACAGAAUGAGACAAUUGGGCUACUGAUUUCUGAAGAUAUAUUAAAAGGAUUUCAGCUCCACUGGCUUAGUUUAUCAGCCAAGUUCAUCGCAUUGCUCUGGAUAGUGGCCAACAGUGGUGAGAUAUCCAUCUAAACCUCACAUAAAGUGCCUUUACCAAUACCUGUAAGCAGAAAGAAACAUGGUACUACGUUAAUACCAUUUUUAUGUUUAAAAUGAUAUAUAUUGGUUAUAUAAUACUAUUAUAUAGCAAAAGUGCUCCCGCCUUGCAAAAUAAAUUGUUGCUCUAUUGCUGUUACUGUUGUUACUAUUAAAGGUGGUAUAUAUUAAAGAGGAUCAAUCAUUAGUUUUUGGUGGCACAGCUUUGUUAUACAUCUGCAUAUAACUUGCAGAAGUCUGUAUUAAAACUAAAACAUUUUUUGUGAUAAUUGUAUAUAUGUUUUAUAAAGUAUUUAAUAUCCAAUUAAAUGUAAUGACAGUUGUUAUGUUUUUUUAUCAAAAUAUUAAAUAAGUUUUCUUUUUGGCUUUGGUUUUGAUAAAAUUAUGGAAAGUUUCCCUGUAUUUCUUUAUUUGUAUUCCUAACAAAUGUUUAACAGCUAGAGUGGAACCCACAAUCUAUGAAUGAUUCUCUUUAAGUUAACGAAAGACGUAUAUUUAUAUUGGGAAGAUAAUGAUCUGAUUACUGUAACAUAACACCAGAGAGGAUUCAAUGUAUUGUACAGUUAAACAGAAGUACUAUUUGAAAUUACAAUAGGAAAUAUGUAUCACCAUAUCAUCAUAUGCAUGUAGGCUGUGUUUUAAACACCUGUAAUUAAUGAGACUGAUGUGCAAACAGGUAUGAUAUAAUUCAAUAAAGUGAGUUUGUAAUCAAGACAUAUUCUGAUUUAUGGUGGGACAUGUAAUUGUCACGACAGACUGAGCCUAUCUCAAUGUCGAUUCAAGACUAAUGCAUAGAGUUCGGACUAAAAAUGCAUAUGGUUUGUACUGUAUUACAUAAAUAUUAAAUAAAUGAGCUUGGCCUACAGUAAACCUUUUGUAAGCAUCGGGCAAACAACAUAGUAAAUUAAUGAAUAAAUAUAUUCAACAGCAUUUUGCAAAUUAGCUUUUUUUACUUUCAUUGGUUUGUAUAUAAUAAUAUUAUGAUAAUAUUUUACGCAUAUGCAUUUGAAACUUUUAAGAACAAUUUAAGAAAAUUUAAACUAUAAUCAUGAAAUAUGUUAACACUGAAACACCUUAAAAGAAAACUUGACUGCAGUAUUUUGUUUGUAAAAUACACAGAGAGAUAUAAAUGCACCAAUUAAUAAUAUAUUCUUUGUAAGAAAUUAAGGCAUGGCACUAUAAUUAAGCAUGUCUGAUUUCAUAAUACAUUACCUGUUGUGUUAAUGUGAUUAGUUGUGUAUAAUUGUUAAUACUGAAUGUGAAAUACUUUGGAUGUUUCUUUUAACAUUUUACUGUGUGAUAAAGCAAGAUUUAAAAUUCCGUUUUUUUUAUUGAAAAGAACAAAUUGUGUGUUAUCAUGUAUUUAUCUUGUAUAAACAUAUGUUAUAUAAAUUAAAACAUACACAUAGCUAAACUGUGUUAUAUAUGUACACUAAAUGUAUUUAUUUGUGGUAUAUUCUUAUUCUUAUUCUUAUUAACAUUUAUAACUAUUUGUAUUUAUAAUAAUCAACAGAAAGAAUAUAUUUUACAAGGAUCGUUUUUAUCCAGAUAUGAAUUGUUGAUGUGGUCAAUAAAACAGAAAUCUGUUUUUAUACAUGUAUUUUAAAAUAAGUUGGUUUCACAAAAUUGUUGUUUUAAAGGAUAUCUAAUUCGUGUUUGUCUUCAAAACCUGUGUUUGUACAACAAUAAAAUGCAGGAUUUGAAAUAAAAUAAUAGACAGAUUAUACAAAAUUUGUAUUGAGUUAUGAUGAAGUUAGAUUCAAAACCAAAAGGCGCAAGGCAUUCUUUAAAAUAUUUUGUUAUUGAACUAACUGAAGACAUCAGUUUCAGAAUGCUAUUCUUCUAAUCAUUGCCAUUAGUAAAUGGGUCAGGACCAUCUUAUAACAGAAGGACCAUCAUGAAAUCACAUACAGUGAACCAAAAACAUAAAAUAUUCUUAAUUACAGUUUUGGCUGUAUUUUUAUCAUUCCACUUUUUUUGUACAAAGCCCCCAUGAACAUGUAUUUGUAUAAUAUUAUACUGAAUGUCCAUUCAUAAUACAGACUGUACAGUGUGACUAUAUUGUAGGUAGAGUGUACAUUUGUGAUAUAUUAAAGCAUAUAUAAAGUGUUUGCUAAUUACACACACUUUCUGCCAGGAAGCAUUUGUUGAGUUUGUGUGCGUGCCAACAGAGGUAAGAACAAAGGUUUACAUGUACAUACACUGCUUUACUAACACAAGAUGCCAGAUCUUUUAUUUUAUUUUGCAAGCAUGAAGCUGUAAAGUUAUUUAUACUCACAAGCAGAUUGUCCGAGGGGCCUAAUUCACAGUGCUGUUUUAAGCAUAAGCAUACGAGACAGAGGGUAGGAGAAUAACCUCAAAUUCGGGCAAAAAUUAUAGAUAUAAUUGGACAAAGUGUACCAUGCUGAGACCUUUUUACCAUUUAUUUCCAUCAUUCAACCAUAAAAAUUAGUUGUAAUCCAUGUAAAAAUGUGUAUUGAUUCAUUUGCAACCCUAUAUACAGUUAGUUGUUUGGUAGUAAUGCUAAUAUGAAUAAAUGUUGUUAUCCAGAUCCGGGCAAUUUCAUUUAAUUUGGGCAAAAACCAGCCAGUCCCCCUACAGAAAUAAUGGGAGCCCUAUGCCUAUGGUCUUGUGCAACAUAGCGUCAUCCUUGCAAGUCUUUUAGUAUUGCACUGCAAGAUCGCAAAAGUGCGAGAGUUAAGUGAAUUAGACCCCUGGACUACUAGACAUAAAAAACAACUUAACAAAUUUACAAAUUAAUAAAGCCAAAUGUAUGUUCCGGUAACACCUUACCAAGAUGAUGGACAAAAACAAGUUCUCUGAAAACUGAAUUUCUGAAAAUAUCCUGAGGUUUGUAAUCCUUGGUCUUAAAUAAAAGUACUGGUCAUUGCAUUCAUCUGACCAAUAUUCUUUAGGCUUUUAUUAUUUGUCUAAACCAAGAGAGAUAAAUAUUUAAAAUUAAACCAACAAAUUAACAAUACACAACAUUUUUUAUUUACAGUACUGUAUAUUGUGAAGUAACCAUUGUUUAGCAAUGCAGUUUUUCUGAAAGGUCGUCUGUGUAAAAAGAAAUAACUUAUGGUCCCUAGCUUGGUUGACCAUUACUAACAAAGAUUUAAGUUUAUAUUGUUCAAACCUGGCUCUAUGUUUCAAAAGUCCCAGUUUUUAUUUUGGUUAUGUACAAAAUGGUAGUGUAUUUGAUUCUUUCAGUCAAGUGUAGUUAAUUUGUGUAAUAACAUUUAUUUUACCUAUUUUAAGCAAAAAUCUGUUCCAUUUUCAAUGUCUUAGUAUUGUGACAUCUGCAAUUCCACACCAGGUAGAAUACUUCUGCUCUCACAAUUGGUAUGCCUUUGUUCGAAAUCUGUGCACUGGGAAAACUUAACUUAGUUUGAUCAAUAUUUUAUUAACCUCCGAGUGCCUUGUGUAGGACUGUACAGAAAUAUAAUUAUAUAUAUA